ACCAAACCUUACACAUUUCUACAUUCAAAGCAACAAAAUUAAGUCAUUGAAAACAUCUGAUUUUCAUGUACUUCAGAGUCUGAAACAUGCGAAAACUUUAAUUAAAUGGAACAUUUUUGACUGCGAUUGUAAUACUAUUUCUUCUCUUCGAUUAAUGAAGAAUAAUCAAGAACUUUUUGGUUAUUUAAAUGAAACAAUGUGCAUCGAAAAAUCAUCGAAUUUUUCAGGACUAUUUCAAGGAAGACAAUAAGACAAUUUGCUGUUUUCGAAAAGAAAUGUCAAACUGGAAUGUGGUUAAUGAUUUCUUCCUGUAUGUUGUUUUUUGUAACAAUUGGAAUGGUGGCAGCAAUUAUCAUAAAGAGAUAUCGUGUGCAUGUCGACUACAUCAUUCUACAUCUGCGUAACAGAUGGAAAGGUGUAAUGUAUUCGGAAGAGAGCAAGACCUUGCAGUUUGAUGCUUUCAUAUCCUACUAUGAAGAUGUCUACCAGUUGGUGAGCACAACUAUCUAUCAAGAGCUGACAAAUGUUGGAUUUCAAAUUAGCUUUCCCGAGAAAGACUUCAUUCCUGGAGUAUGGAAAGCUGAACAACUGGUGCAAUGUAUUGACCACAAUCGAAAAGUAGUGUUUGUCAUCACUGAAAAUUUCCUAGACAGUGGUUGGAAUUCGUACGUCGUGCAGAUGGCGGUGACCCAUGCCUUUCAUAACAACCGAAAGCGAUCCAUCAUAGUGAUUAUCAAGGACAAUAUUCCAAUAGAAAGAAUGCAGAAAGACUUGCGAUAUAUCUGGUGGUGUAUAUUCAGUAUAAGAUGGCCAGAGGUUGAUCAGGUACGGGUGAUGAACAUCUUUUGGGAACAUGUCGCGGAUGCCUUGCGUUAACAGUGACUUUCGUCUUCCAAUGAGUUUCCCAUUGAAACUAUAUCAAAAUCAUUCCGUACGAUGUAUAACUAAUCAGGUGUAUGUCGAGUAUACUAACAAAAGGAGCAUUAACAUACAUGUGAGGUGAAGAUAACGAACAGUGAUCAAUCUCAUAACUCCUACAAGCAAUACAAAAUAGAUAGUUGGGCAAACACGGACCUAUAUAGAUUCUCUACUUAUGCAAAAAGAGAAUGUAGUGGGUUUAUAGAUGCGGGUAAACAAGUCAUAAUACUUGUAUUUUUUUUAGUUAAAUCGCCGAUUGAGAACUCGGAAGCAGUGAGCUUUACCCACGACCGAGUGAUUGAUCUAAAACAUAUUUUACUGAAUAUUUUCGAUAAUAAAAAGCUGUCAAGUUGAAGGGUUUAGUUUUUAUGAGUUAGAACUAUCAUUACAUGACACAAUUAUGCAGUAUGUUACUUUUGAUAAAGGAGAUAAAAUUAAUUCAAAAGGGGGGAGGGAUAAAACAAUUAGCUGGGUAAAAUAAAUAUAUGCAGGUGUCUAUUUGUACCAUGUUUUGUCAAUCUCCCUGAUUAAUAGUUGAUCAUAUAAACUUGUAAUAACACAUUUUAUGGGAUGCUGGUAGCUAGGGGGGAAAACACAUUUACAAUGCAAUGCAGUUUCUUAUUUUCAUUAUGGUGUCAUUCCCCAUUUGGUAGUUCAUAUAUAACAAAUAUGGGGAUUUGAGUUGCAAUUUUGUACACCUCCACCCCCCUUCUUUGCAGAUUUUCUUGAUCCACCCCUGCAAUACUUUUAAUGAUAUUCACUUGAUGUCUAUGCUUG